CGCGCAUGACGUCACCGAUCCAAACCAAAACAGCUGUUGCCAGGUAGCUAGCCACCUAGCCACCCCGCAACAACCAGCUGGUUCAUAACGUGUUCGUCUCGUAAUAACUCUUCACGUCGGUCGCAGAGGUGAAGCAGCGGUCUGCCUGUCUCGGUUCCUGUGCCUGUGCCUGUCUCGGUUCCUGUCCCGGUUCCUGUCUCGGUUCCUGUCCCGUUCCCGGUUCCUGUCCCGGUUCCAGUCAGGUUCCUGUCCUGGUCCGUGUGGAUUUGAGCGUCAGGAUUGGGAAGCGGACUGAAGGGGCGGCUCCCGGCGGCGCGGCGAGUCCGGUGGACAGGAUGUCAGAAAGCCCGGAGAAAAGCUCGUCGGCGUCGGCUCAGGAGCUGAAGGAACAGGGGAACCGGCUCUUCCUGAGCCGCAAGUACCUGGAAGCUGCCGCCUGCUACAGCGGAGCCAUCUCCCACAGCCCGGCCGUCCCGGCGUACUACACCAACCGGGCGCUGUGCCACGUGAAGCUGCAGCAGCACCACAAAGCUCUGGCCGACUGCACGCGCGCCCUGGAGCUCGACGGCCAGUCGGUGAAGGCUCACUUCUUCAUGGGUCAGUGCCACCUGGAGAUGGAGAGCUACGACGAAGCCAUCGGCAACCUGCAGAAAGCUUACAACCUGGCGAAGGAGCAGCGUCUGAACUUUGGCGACGACAUCCCCGGCGCCCUGCGGAUCGCCAAGAAGAAGCGUUGGAACAACAUGGAGGAGAGGAGGAUCAACCAGGAGAGCGAGCUCCACGCCUACCUCACCAAACUCAUCCUUGCUGAGAAAAAGAGAGAGCUGGAGGGCUGCAGACAGAAACAGGAAGUCAAGUCAGACGACGGCAGAAUUCAGCAUCAUCCAAACGUCAUCCACACGAAACAUGACUCGUUUCUGUCCGACAUGGAGGAGCUUUUCUGUCAAGUAGACGAGAAGAGGAAGAAGCGAGAAAUACCCGACUUCCUGUGUGGGAAGAUCAGCUUUGAGUUGAUGAGAGAGCCGUGCAUCACGCCGAGCGGAGUCACGUACGACAGGAAGGACAUCCAGGAGCACCUGCAGCGAGUCGGCCACUUCGACCCGGUGACGCGCUCCCCGCUGACUCAGGAUCAGCUCAUCCCCAAUCUGGCCAUGAAGGAAGUCAUCGAUGCUUUUAUUUUGGAGAACGGCUGGGUGGAGGACUACUGACCAAUGAGAGCAGAGGAAGGGGGCCCGGAGGGGCCAAAACUAAUAAACCUGAAGGCCUGGUGGAGAGAGAGAGUAUUUAUGUAAUGAAUGUAAAACACCACAAAUCAACGUCCUUAAAUCAUGAAAGCCAAAAGCAGUUUUAAGAUGUGCCACUAGAUUAAUAACAAGUACUCACAAGUACUCACAAGUACUCACAAGUAGAAAUACUGCAGUAGUAAAAUAUCGAAAGUAGAAGUACUCCUUGGCAGUGUUACUUUAUUAUAUUUAUUAUGUCGUCAUUAUAGAUCCAUUAAGCAGCUAAUUUAAACUACUUUAUAUACUAUUUAAUUAAUAAUAUAUUUAAUAAUAACAGUGUGAAUAACUUUUAACUCAAGCUGUCAGAUGAAUAAAGUAUAAAGUUACUACAUUACUACAGUAACUUACUACAGGCAGCUUGUUGUGCUGUUUACAAACAUUAAAGAUAAACAUUAAAA